CGCAAACCCUCCCUGCACGUUCGUUUCAUGGUUGCCUCUCCUCUUUUCACGACGCGCGAGCGACGAGUGCGCAGCCCGCCCAGCCACGACGUCAGGUGCUCUCGCGUGUCAUGCCCGCGUUGGCCGCCGCGUGCAUGGUUGGUUCACACGCGCUUCCUCCUCUUCCCGCGUCGCCUCCGGGCUGGCUGGUUGACGGGCCAGCGGCCACCCACCCCCGGAUGUGUCCAUGCAUGCAUUUGCCUUUUGCGGCUUGCCUCGCUCUCUGCAUGUGUUGCCUCUCAGAGCGAGCCUGAAGGACCCCGUAAUCGUCGCCUUUCACUAUAUAUAGUCGCACUCGUCGGCCUCUUGCUCCCACAUGACGCUUCUAUAACAAGUGCAAGUCAGAUUCGUAUUCUACUAUUAUUGGUUUUUUUUUCUUACUCCUCCUCUCCCAAGUCGUCUUUUGCUCGGUCUUUACAUUUGAUACCCCCCCUCCUCUCAGUCCAGUGCCGUAGUAGCUUUUAGUUGGUGCCUUUUUCGUCGUCGUCCCCCAACUCUGCUCACAACUACCACCACAUUCAUUCUUCUCGUGUACCCGCCAACGAGCUCUCGCCGUCUUCACCUACACGUACUUUGUACAAUUUACACAUACACACGUCGCGCGCAUCAACCACAAGUCACACACACACACACAGCACACACAUACAGACAGACAGACGCAUCGUCUUAUACAGACAGACGCCGAGACGUACACUCACUUACGUAUCCAUACAUUUACAACGUCACUUACACGCAACCACAACACCAACACACCCUUGGGCAGAUACAUCGUCCUCCACCACCACCAUGUCCAUCAGCAGCAGCAUCAUCACCAUCAACGACGACAACGACAGCGACACCUUCGCCUGGUUGGUCCCCACGGCGUCCUCGUCCGUCGCCCAGCGCGCUCUUCAUCUCGCCCCCAACGCGCCUCUCGUUCUGCGCCGCGGCGGUGGCCCGUCGUCGUCGUCAUCCAUCCCCGCGCAACACUAUCCCUCCUCCCCUAACCCUCUCCCCCUCGACGUUGACGCCGUCGUGCGCCUGUCCUUUUCUCAGACUACCAAGCACCCGGGCUGCUUCACCAUCGGCACCGACCCCUCCGCAUGCGACCUCGUCCUCCUCCCUACCUGCCCCCUUUCUCACCAGCCCUCCUUUCCCUCCUCCUCUUCUAAUUCUUCCUUUCCCUCUUCUUCCUCUUCUUUUCCUCCUACGUCCAACAGCAGCAGCAGCAGCAGCAGCGUCGACACCGCACCACCACCACCACCACCACCAGCGACAAGCGGCUCAUCAUCAGGCCCCUUCAUCUCGCGCCAGCACUGCGCCCUCACCUUCGACGACGCCGCCCGCCUCGUGCUCCACGACUUUUCCGCCCGCGGCACCGCCGUCUGGCUCGGCUGGGAGUCGGCCGGCGACCUGGUGGACCACACCUGGGUCCUCUCGGGCCCUCCUCCUCCUCCUCCGCCGCCGCCGUCUGUUGUUGCCCCCGACCCUGUUGCCGACCCUGACGCCAUGAUUACCACUACUACUCCCAUCGUCACCGCAACAAUGGCGGCAGCCACGCCACGCACCGUCAUCGACAUCCAGGGCGCGCACUUCCAGCUCCUCCUCAACACGCGCCUCGCCGCCGCCGACCCAGUCGCCUACCGCGCCAAAGUCGCUGCCUUUUGCGCGCCCCAAGCGCCAUCAUCAUUCUCCUCCACCACCAUCACCACCACGUGCCGCAACCCCCCGGCGCACGAAUACUACUGCUCUUCCUCCUCCUCCAUGUCCCUCGCAAGCAACAACGGCGGCAGCACCGGCAUCCCUCCGUGGCUCGCCGACGAUCCCGUGCUCGCCGCCCUCAUCAGCAGCAGCAGCAGCAGCAGCAGCAGCCGCUGGGUCCGCGAGUCUCUGCUGGCUGGCUCCCCGCCGCCGCGCAUCUUCAAGCACGUCGUCGUCAAGGCGGCGGCGGCGGCGCAUGAGCCCGCCGCUAGUACGCAGGAGGUGUAUCUGUGGAAUGUGGCACGGCCGUGGGAGCCCAUGGUGCGGGCGUCGGCGUGAUUGAUGUAAAUGUCCCCCAUGACCUUGUUGCUGGUGUGAGCAGUCUCGGAGGCAGUGUGAAAGAGAACGGAGGGGGGCG